UGUUAUGUCUGUCUCCUCUUUACCGGAAUGGAAACAACUCCUGCUGGAGCGAAAGAGGAGGGAGGAGGAGGAGCGAGAGAAGAGAGAAAAAGAGGAGGAGGACAAACUCGCCAGCAUGCCUGCCUGGAAGCGAGGGAUCAUCCAGAGGAGGAGAAUGAAACAGGAGAGUUUCGGGGACAAGGAGAGGGAGGGCCCCCUCCAAGUCAAGGAGGGCAGGUCCUCCUCUGAUCCUGCGAGUGACCUGGACAGCUCUACACUAGUGCAGCUGGAAAGUGAACCACCACUCAGCCCAGACAUCACAGGGCCUUGGCUGGAUGAAGAGGCUAAACCGCAGAGUCUGGUGUUAAAGGAGACCAUCAUCCCUGUUGGACAAAACUCAUUCAUUCGCACACAUGGCGGAUGGAGGAGGGGAAGAGAAGCAGAGAGGGCUGGGGAAAUGGGCCACGAGAAAGGGAAUGAGGAGGAAAUAGAAGUAGGGAGAGAGAGGGAAAAGGAGAAAGAAAGAGGCCACGUCAAAGGUCAUGAUGGAGAGUCUGGGAAGGGAAGAGAUAUAGAAAUACAAAUAGAGCGAUACAGGGAACGGAGUGGGGGCAGAGAAAGGGACAGAAGUGCCGGGAGAGAGGCGAGCCGGGAUACUGUGAGGGACAGGGAAAUGGAUUGCCCGAGGGGGAGAAAAGAGAAGGAGAGGGAGGAGGGAACACCCAAGUACCCCUAUCCACUAGUCCCAGGCCUUCGUACCAUCAGAGCAGACAACAUCAUCAUUAUUGAACAGGACAGAAAGGGAAGUGAUGAAAGGAGAGGUAGAAGGAGAGAGUCAGAGAGGGAGKGGGAGGUGAUGGAAGAGGAGCAGGAAAAUAGAGAUGUAACGAUGGACCUCAAGGAGUUUCUGGCUGGUGGAGGGAGUGUCACAGAGAUCCGAGCAUCAGAAAUAUUGAUCAUUAAACCCUUAGCUGGCACUGAGGACUCAAGAAGUGUAGGUCUAAAAGGGACAGGCAGGGAAGGAGAUGGAGAAAGAGGGAGAGAUGCAAAGUGCAAUAAAGAUGGAGGGAAGGACUGUGAGCGGCAGCUGGAGAGAGAGGUGGCAUGGUUGAUGAUGAAAGAUAAAGAGAGGGAAAACUUGAGGGAGAAAGACCGACCACGGACACAAGUUGCUUCUUCAGAAAAAGAGGAUAGGAGAUAUGGUGACACAGAUGACAGUAUCCACAACGAGAGAGGAGUUCGGGUGAGUGAGCUGCUGAGUAAAUUUGGGGAGCAUACAAAGAAAUUCAGAGAACAUCCAAAACCCCCGUCCCGGUCUAAAAGCUCAGAGUGUUUCAUCCGGCCUGGCAGGGACAGAGAAACGUUUUGUCUGGAUGAGGACGAUGAUGGAGACAGGAGAGGGGAGGAGAAACAUGCAGGAUUCAGGGGUGUGCCCAAGCGGUCAUUCAGUUUCUCUGACCGUGUGAUAUGCGCAAAGGAGAACGGCAUACAGGAUGAGGGGAACCAUGAUAGGAAGGUGGUGGAGAGGACAUAUUCAGACAGGAGGGUGGCAGGAAGGGGAGAUGUAGUGGAGGGGGAAUGGUCAGAGAGAGGAGACAGAGCCAGUCCUCCUCAGUCGGUCGAUAGUCAUUACAAACACGUGUCAGCUUUUACAGAGUGCUCAUCAACCUUGCUCAGCACUGUGGCACAUAAAGGAACAGACUGGCAUAGUAGUCAAGGAGCAACGGGGCACCAUUCAACCCAGUCACCACUGUCACAGCACACAGAGGAUCUUAUCAACAAGAUAGAGAGWGUGGGGGGGAAAGGGAAUGAACYUGACAAUCACAAAGGGACCCAAACRUCGAUGCAGGAUAGCAAAAGCGUGAUGAGGGAGGACACAGAGACUGAGAGAGGGAGCAAAGCUUAUAGGGAGCCAGGUGAGGUAAGCAAGGACAUCACACAUCCACCUGGCGCACACGUGCACAGUCAUGUUUAUCCCAAAAAGUCKGUUCAGGAAGUGACCCCUAAGUGUCCUAAGUCUCCAAAGUGCGUUGCCUCAGUUGGAAUCCCUCCAAUGCCACUUGAGAUACACAUACCCAGAACAGUGUUCUAUGGUGUGGGGGAGGCAAGCCUCCAAAGCGAAUACGACCAGAGCUGCGAAGGAGAGGGAGGGAAAGGUGUGGAGGGGAAGGACAGUUGGAGGAUUGGCAAGCCCUUGUCUCGCAUCGAAUCCUUGCGAGAGAAAAUCCAACAGAGAGAGAAGGAGAGGCMGAGGAACAUGGAGGGAGUGGCAACGACGGGGGAUUAUGGAGAUGCGACUGAGGGGACAGAAAAGGCUGGGACUAGAAGGACUAGAAAAGCUUCAAGUUCAGACUGGUGUGAGGAAGGAGAGAUGGGGAACGAAAUGAAGCGAGAGAGACAGAGACAGGAAGGCUCUGCACCGCAGACAACAUCCACUCAGUUUGACGUCACACAGGAAGUGAGCGUGUCGAAAGCCGUCUCCCAGCUUCCUGUUCCUCUCUUGUUCUCGCAAGCUGUCAAAGGAGAGAAAGAAACCGGGGGGAUCUCCAUCGCAGCCUGUGAAGUAGCCUUGUUCAGCUCUCACACGACUGAGAGAGGGGAAGAUCCAACCAAACAUGUACUAGCGGAGUUASGGUGCGACAGGGGUCGGCAGAGGAAACAGAACAGCGGAGGCAGAGGAGGUAGAGGAGAAGAAGGAGAGGAUAAACUCUCGGAGGAAGAGUACAGGCUGCAUUAUCUGCCUCCUUCACACUCUCCCGCGCCCUUAGACUCGCUCUCCCCCUCUCUGCUUCACCCUCCCUCUCUUGCUGAGAUGAGCCGGAUCUAUAACUUGAAAACGCCGGGGUCCAGGACGGCGGUGUGCAUGAGUGACAGGACCGUGGAUAGGCCUAUCCCAUCACACACUCCGAAGGUACAGUCCCACAUAUCCGCAGAACAACAGGAGCCAUGCAGUCCAGAGAGAUCAGUUGGGAGGCUGAUACAGAAGCAGCUGUGGGGUGGUGGUGGGGCAUCUGGGAAUAAAGCCUCUUCCAGCCAUGAGACGUCCGGACUUCAGACUGCACAGCGUCAGGUGGAYCAGCUUCAGUUGCGAGAACAACAGGAAGUACAGAGACUAUCACAUGACGACAAUGCAGCACGGCCGUCUUUUGGACAAAAUAAUCAUUUGAAAGAUAAAGAGUCUAAAGCUCAGCAAAGCCCUAGYAUAUCACACAACCAGCCUAAUAAGGAACCRCAGCAGACGCAUCCGAGGCAAAAGGACCAGCAAACAAUCCUAAGUCCCAGAAAAUCUCAGUCCAAUCUGCAACUGCACUCUGAAAGGCCUCAACCCAAGCAGGCCCAGUCCAACCAACCCAAACAGGCCCGAUCCAUUACCAUCAACUCCAGAUCUCUCCUGACCCCCUCUCCUGAGAACUCAUUACACCCAGACCAGGGAGUCCCAACCCCCCCAUCAGCUUCGCCAUCCCAGUCCCCCUCCGUCUCUCCCUCCCCUUCCCCUUCUCCGACCCAUUUCACCAUCAGAAGCCUCUCUGGAGGCCAGCAGGUCAAGAGGGGCACCACCAUCACCAUCACCCCCAGGAAGCCUGUUGGAGGGGCAGCCGUGGAAGCAGUUUCAGUAUCCUCGGGACCCCUGGCCAAUACGUCUGCCCAGUCCCAGAUGCCUGUCCUAACCGAGGAAGUAGAGAGAGGCAAGAAGAGGUACCCCACCGCGGAGGAGAUCGAAGUGAUCGGUGGGUAUCAGAACCUGGACAAGUCCUGCCUGGRCAAGACUUCCAAAGCAUCUCCCAAAGGGGGGAAGGUGUGCUUCGACGAGACCCAGCUGGAGCAGGUGUGUGAGUACCCAUCAGAGACCUCCAUGUUUGACUCCACCCACUACCCCUUACUUGGUCAGGAAAAAGGGAGGGAGGAGGAGGUGCAGGAGGAAGAGGAGGAGGAGAGAGGAGUGCUUGUGUCCAGGAGCAGCAGGAAUGUGGGGGCAGCGGCUGGCCUGAGAGUGCUGAGAGUGGAUGAGUCUUGCCAUCGGUAGACAUCAGUCGGCUCGCCAAAUUGCUCAAGUAAUGUGGUUAAGAUUAGAUUUUAUCUUGCAAUAUGACUUUUGUUUUCCUGUAUUUUGUUUCUUUGAAAUGAUUCAUUUAAUGUUUGUAAUCUUUUUUGAUGUACAAUGUUUUAUUUUACAUAGGAUCAGGGACUAUUGGUUUUGAAUAAAAAAUAACCGUUUUAUGUAGUUUGUGAGAUGAAUYUGUAACGAUGUGCGCUGAGAGUCAGGAAGCAAAUUCAGGGAGUGAGUGUUUUAAUAAAUAUAUGCAACAUAAUACAAACCAUGAAACACGAACAACGCACAGACAAGAAACUGAAACAGAAACAAUAACGCCUUGGGAAGGAACCAACGGCAGUGACAUAUAGGGAAUGUAAUCAGGGAAGUGAUGGAGUCCAGGUGUGUCUGAUGAUGCGCAGGUGCGCGUAACAAUGGUGACAGGUGUGCGCCAUAACGAGCAGCCUGGUGACCAAGAGGCUGAAGAGGGAGCACACGUGACAGAAUGGUGGAGCCUCAACUCCUCUAUUUCAGUGUAAAAGUGUAAAGACAAUAUGAAAACAUGGUACAUAUUGUAGCCUAUAAGUUUUACUAUAUACACUGGUUGUAUUUUUACUAUCAGGUGUGUACUAUGGGGUGAUGAUCACAUGUCUAUGCAAGUUAGUGGAUUACAAAUGUAUGGUAAAAAGGGUCCGGUCAGUUUAGUUUUAGUUAGCUUAGUUCAACAACACAACGUCUCUACUGUAUAUAAACUCUGCAUCAGCACUGUAACGAUUCACUGUGCAUUCCAAAUGACACUCUAUUCCCGAUAGGGCUCUGGACAAAAGUAGUGCACUAUAACGGGAUUAGAAUGUCAUUUUGGACGCAUCCUCAAUGAUGCUAACAGUAUAUCAUCUGGUCCCUGUGCCUGCUGGAUUUGCUCAUACAGAUUAUAUAAGAACAGGUCAUCUACAAGUCCAAGAUGAAUUUUGAGCCUUGUGAACACCCCUCAUAUGUAGUUUCUGGCAAACCAUGGCUAUAUGUAACAUCAUGACAAUUCUCUUUUGUUCAAUUACUGUUUCUGUUUGAACCACAAAAUGGAUUUCAGCUAGCCUUAAUGCAGAUUAUUGAAAAUACUGAUGAUACAUUAUGGAAUAAUCACCAAUACACAUUAUUAUAAUAUUUUUUUUUAUGUUUCACUGUUUGRCCUUUAGUGGAAUUAAUGUGGUAGAAUGAAAAAGAGUAGUAUAUCUACUGUAUCUGUACUAAUUUGACUGCAUAGUUUUGAAUGGAAAAGGUAUUAUGUUUGUGUCUCUGGUGUUAUUAUGUGAGACUACAGCACAUGGGUGAUGUGGGUGAAAACAGGAUUUAAGGGAUGUUUACAACAUUUAAUCCAUAGAAGGGUCCUUUGGAGGAAGGGUUGGUGACAUAUAUUUGGCAUUUGUAUCUAAAAGCAUAAUUGAGAAAUAAUUCAUCAAAGUUGGCAUAUUUAUGAAAUGUUGAUCUGCUGUGUUGUUACAGGUCUCUUUUAAGACUCCAUUAUGUUUUUCUGUAGGUGCUACAAAGCAAACAUUGGUGUCAUAUGAAGCUUUACCGCUUGCUCUGUAAUAUGAGUAGUAUUUUGUUUUCAAUAACAAUUUUCUUGCAUUAAUUUAUGAAUACUGAAAAAUAAGUAUAUUUUUUGAUUUAGCAAUUUUUUCUAUAUAUUGUUGAACGUAAUAUAUAUACURUAUGGACAUAUCAAAGUUCUCUGCUACUUUUAGAGUUAUUAUCCAAUUUGUAAGCAUUAAGAACAGAGUGAAUGUGAAAAUUGAUUCAAAAUGGUUGCCCACUGCUGGUGAUUUGCAGYAUGUACAAUAUGUUGAAAGAUUUGCCCAAUAUUCUUUUCUAUAUUCUAUAUUCUUGUUUAUAUUAUAUUCAUUCAUUCAUGUAAGAAAAUUGUUAUUGAAAUCAAAAUACCACUCAUGUUUCAAAGUAAGUGGAAAAGAUUUAUAAGACACAGGUUUUUGUAGCACCUACAUAUGAAACAUUAUGGCGUCUUAAAGGAGGCCUGGGUAAGGCCAAAAUGUAAUAAAUAGGACAACUUCGAUGAAGUAUUUCUCAAUUCUGCUUUUAAACACAAAUGUAAAAUAUAUGUCAACCAUCCUUCCUCCAAAGAAGCAUUCUAUGGAUUAAAUGUUGUGAAAAUCUCCCAAAUCAUGGUAUUUUUUCAUCCUGGUUUUGUGAGGAAUCACCGACAUCCCAAAUAAGGGCACAAACGUUAUAAUGGCUCCAUGGGAUGCUGUAAUCUCAAUUUUAGAUGAAAAAUAAUCUAAAUUAAGAAUAUCGGAUUUAUGGUAUAUCUGAUUUAUGCUCCCAAGUGUGCAAUUUUAAUACUUGGAUUUAUUCUGUUUUUUAUUGUGGUCGAAGAAGCUGGCUUCAUGAGAGAAAAACAUAAAAUAAAUGAUUUGAAACCAA